AUGGCCGUGUGCGCGUGGGAUGGCGACCUAACUUACGCCAUGCUGGAUCAGCUCUCAACUGUGCUGGCGGCCCGGCUGACUAGACACGGCGUUGGCUCGGACGUUAGAGUGCCCCUGUGCUUUCACAAAUCCAAGUGGACUCCGGUUGCGAUUCUCGCCAUUCUCAAAGCAGGCGGUGCCUUUGUCCUACUCGACCCAUCACUUCCGGAGCAGCGCCUGCGUUCCAUUGUCCAGCAGCUCGACGUCAAGUUCAUCCUAGCCUCCGUUUCCAACAAGGCUUUGAGUUCCAGGCUAGUUUCCGAGCAUAGCUCUGUUCUUGUCGUUGAUGAUGACGUGGUUUCGGAGUCGGAAACCGGAGACAACCUGCAGGGUCGGAAAAUCCAUCCGGGGUCGACUUGCUACGUCGUCUUUACUUCUGGCAGUACGGGCACGCCAAAGGGAAUCAUGAUAACUCACGAAAAUGCUGCAUCUGCCAUGCAUCACCACGUUCCGCGUCUGGAACUUACCGCCGAGACACGAAUGUUUGACUUUGCCUCGUACAGCACCGACGUGUCAAUAAGCAAUCUUUUCCUGGUCUGGGCAGCCGGAGGGUGUCUCUGUGUGCCAAAAGAGUCGGAUCGAAACAACAACCCCGAACAGAGCAUAGUAGAUCUGCGAGCCAACACGAUUGACAUAACUCCCUCCCUGGCCCGGUUGAUGUCACCGGCCAGUAUACCAGAGGUGAAGCUCAUCAUCUUCGGCGGCGAAGCGCUGCGAGUUGGAGACGUGGAGCGCUGGUGGGGUAAAACACGAAUCAUUCAUGAGUACGGCUCGAGUGAGUGUACGCAGAACAGCACCAUGAAUUGCAGGGCAACAUGUCCGGAAGACGUGGUCCGCAUUGGCACGGGUGCCGGUAUGGUCACCUGGGUGGUAGACCCGGAAGAUCACAACAUACUCGUCCCACCUGGAGAAAUCGGAGAGCUCCUACUGGAAGGUCCUCUAGUUGGUCGCGGCUAUAUGCAUGACCCGGACAAGACAGCGGCUGCCUUCAUUGAAGCGCCGGUGUGGCUUCAGCGUGGCGGACCCGGAUGCAGCGGACGUCAGGGCCGGCUGUAUAAAUCGGGCGACCUUGUGCGAUACAACAAGGACGGAAGUCUGACAUUUGUUGACCGAAAGGAUGGCCAAGCCAAGGUCCGCGGCCAGAGAGUCGACUUGGGUGAAGUCGAGCACUGGGUGCGUGCUUGCAUACCCGGGACUACCGAAGUUGCGGCUGAAGUUGUGUUGUUGCCAGGCGUCGAUUGUGCAUGCUCGACGUUGUUGGUGUUUCUUCAAGCCAACGAAAGUCUCGCAGACCUGUGUCAGUUCAGAACGGGUGCUCCCGAGAUAGUUCGCCUCCCCGCUGGCGUCGAGGACAAGCUGGCUCAGCACUUGCCAAGCUACAUGAUACCUUCCGCGCUCGUGUUAAUGGAUGAGCUACCGAAGACGGCGACUGGCAAGAUGCACCGCUCGCGUCUGCGAGAAGCUGGCUCGGCCUUGUCAGCACAGCAAUUGGCCGAGGCGCGGACCUCGGAAGCGUCUUCGAAGCAACAGCCAACCUCGCCUGUCGAAAGUCUCUUACAAGGGAUAUGGGCUCGCGUGCUGGGUCUCACGUUGUCCAAUAUUGGGCUGGACGACAGCUUCUUCCAUCUCGGAGGCGAUUCCAUUGCCGCAAUGAGAGUAGUGGCGGAGUCGCGCACUGCCGGUCUCUACAUCGCCGUCGCCGACAUACUCCGACACCGUCGACUGAGACCGGUGGCGGCCACUGCCAUUCCACUGGCCGAGACGAUCGGCAGCGAAAUUCCGGUCCGCAGGGACUCCGGUCCCGUUCAGCAAUCCCUUUACCAAGAGCGACUAUGGCUGGUGGAACAAAGCUGUCCCGGACAGAUCUGCUACCUGAAGCCAUGUGCUAUACGCCUGCGAGGGCCGCUCCAACUUCCGGCACUCAACACUGCACUGAAUGCUUUGGAGAAGCGACACGAAUCGCUGCGUACCACGUUCGCGACGCACGGCCAGGUUCAUCUCCAGCAGGUCCAGCCGUUUCAGCCCAAGGAGCUUGCCGUCAUCGAAUUCUCCUCCGAAGCCGACGGCCCUGACAGCCUCAGAGACGUGUUGGAGAAGGAUCAUACUACCGGUUUUCGCCUGGAACUAUCGGCCUGGAGGGCUUCAUUAUAUCGCUGCGGCUUCGACGACCAUGUUCUGUCCAUUGUCCUGCACAACAUCAUCGUGGACGGCUGGUCGCUCGCGGUUCUCAGUCGAGAGCUGACGGCUUGCUACUCAGCCGCAGUCUAUCACCGCGAUCCCCUCUCGCAGUUGGAACCGCUGCCGAUACAAUAUAGUGAUUAUGCGGCUUGGCAGAGACAGCAAGUUCAGACUGAUGAGCAUCAGCGACAGCUUGAAUACUGGGCUAGACGUCUCGAUUCAAGCGUUCCUGCGGAGCUGCGCCUGGACAAGCCCCGGCCAGCCGUACCCUCCUGUCGUGCUGAGAUAGAAGGCUUUAAGAUAGAUGAUGCUUUGUACGACCAUUUGCAACUAUUCUGCAAGGAAAGAGAGGUCACAUUACCGAUUGUCAUGCUUUCUGCCUUGGCCGCCACACACUAUCGCCUCACCGGAGUCGGCGACGCCACGAUAGGCUCCGUGUGCUCGAGCCGUGACCGUGUGGAGCUUAAGAACUUGAUAGGAUCACUCGUCAACCUGUACCCCCUUCGAAUCAAGGUGGAAAAUGAAACGUUUGGCAGCUUGGUCCAGCAGGUCCAAGAGACGACGACUGCAGCCUUUGCCAACCAAGACGUAACGUGGGGGGAGAUUGCUGCAAAGCUAGAACAGGGCAAACCUACACCUCUUCCGCCGCUGUUCAGGAUGGUGUUUACUUUCAACAACACCGACGAUUUGCCAGAUUUCACAUUCGAGGGCGUCGACUCACAGGUGCUGGAUACCCUAGUGACGGAGAGGGAAGACAUUGAGUUCGUCAUCAACCAAAAAGGCCAUACCCUGCAGGGCCAGGUGUUUUACUCGACCGAUGUCUACGAGAGAGAAAGCAUUGGCAACAUGACGGGCGUUUUUCAGGAUGUACUGGAGCGGGGGCUCAGCAACGCUGAGCAGACCUUUUCCGCCGCCGCUGUGUUCUCGGACUUGGGAGAUGCUUGA